UUGGAUUUCACACGUUCAAAUUGUAUUUACAUACAACAAGUAGUACACUUUUAGCUGUUUUUUAUUUUAUUUAAGUAUAUGUUUUAAUAUAAAGCAAAUCAAUUGCUUGCCAAUGGCCAAAAAGUAUAUUCGGUUGGUGAGACCCUGUAAAUAAGUUCGCUUUUUGCUUAACGUCAUUAGGUCACUGGGUGUCCACUCACGCGGGGUAUGCGCCUGCCGGCCAAAGCUGCUAGCAUUUUCGGUUAUUUCUGCUUCGUGAACGCAAAAUUGUCUAUAGAUUUACAUUCAUGUGUCACCCCACCAUUUCUCGUUUUCGUUUUUUUUUUCUUCUAUCACAGAUCGCUUUACCGUAAUUUGUUUUGCUAAACUUACCCUUAAAUAACAGCUUUAUCAAAUAUCUUACCUCUAUCGCUCUCGCAGAAAGAUGUGUAACAUCUUUCUUUAGUGUGAACAAACCUCCUUUUCUCUCCUUUUGCUUUCUUUCUUUUUUAAAGGACCCAGGCGGAAUUGUAAUUGACUCGAUGACAAUGAUGAUUGGCGUGCCAGCGGGUCCCGAAGGUAAACAGUUAAUGUAAAUGGUGGCGCUAAGUGGGAGUGCCUUCUAUUAUUUUAACUGUCACUUGAUCAAUGUACAACGUCUUCAACUAAGGAUCAGAGCAGCCUUCCCCGGACUUGCCAUGUGGUCAGUCACACAGAGCAGGACAGUCGUGGAGAAUGGAAGUCCAAGGUCUUUCCUGAGAGAUAUCCCGCCUUCAUCCCACAUCCCAAACCAGGCUUGCUGAUAGCAUCGCCUUGGCUCGGCUGAGAAGCUUCCGACUGGACCCCGCUGUCGGUAUCCUUUGCACAGAGAAAGGUGCUGUCCAAGGUACUCAUUAAAGAAGAGUUCCAGGAAUGGAGACGAUUUCCAGUCAACUGGCAGGGGGACUUGAUACCAGUUCUUCUCCCAAUUCGCAGCAGGAGCUGCAACCUUACACGGGGUCCAGUUCUCUGAAACCUAACCAAGUCAGCGAGACCAUCCUUUACGGAGUACCUAUUGUGUCCCUGGUGAUCGAUGGUCAAGAGAGGCUUUGUUUAGCUCAGAUUUCCAACACUCUUUUGAAAAACUACAGCUACAACGAAAUCCACAACCGGAGGGUGGCUCUGGGCAUCACCUGUGUGCAGUGCACGCCGGUGCAACUGGAGAUACUGCGACGCGCGGGCGCGAUGCCCAUCUCCUCCAGGCGCUGCGGAAUGAUUACAAAACGAGAGGCCGAAAGACUAUGUAAAUCUUUUCUGGGCGCACAUAGCCCACCGAAGCUACCCGAGAAUUUUGCUUUCGACGUUUCGCACCAAUGUGCCUGGGGCAGCCGGGGGAACUUUAUUCCAGCGCGAUAUAACAGCUCCAGGGCAAAGUGCAUCAAGUGCAGUUAUUGCAAUAUGUACUUCUCCCCAAACAAAUUCAUCUUCCAUUCGCACCGCACGCCCGAGGCCAAAUACACCCAACCGGACGCAGCCAAUUUCAAUUCCUGGAGGCGCCACUUGAAACUGACGGACAAAAAUAGUUCUGACGAUCUGGCUCACGCUUGGGAAGAUGUGAAAGCAAUGUUCAAUGGGGGCAGUCGUAAAAGGACCCUUCCGAUCGGCGGCUCUGAGGGGUCUUCGUCAUUGAAGCAACAGGCCUCCAGCAGCCUCCCGCGACGCUCCCCAGAAGUCCCCCAUAAAAGCAUGAGGUGCGAGGAGGAAGGGGCCAGUCUCAGCAUCAGCAACGGGGUGCGGAGCUACCCUGUCAUUCCAGUUCCCAGUAAGGGCUUUGGGGUUCUACAGAAAAUUCCUCCGCCACUUUUCCCUCACCCUUACGGCUUCCCUGCCUUCGGAUUGUGUCAAAAGAAGGAUGACACCGUGGGGGUUGGAGAGCAGAGCAAAAACAACGGUCUACAGGGAGUGUUCUGGCCGGGCGCAAAGGAUACCGUGUACCCGUCAUUCCCUAUGUUUUGGCCAGCGGCGGGCAGCUUGCCCGUCCCUCCCUACCCACAGAAUCAAGCCAAACUGGCAACAGAACUCCCCAGCGCCCGACAGAGUGACAUGGACUUGUCCGAGCAGAGUGAUCGCAGCACCAACACUCCUAAGGACAGUUUGGCGGACAGUGAACGGUGCUCCAGUACUCAGUCCACCAGGAACGAGGAGGACAAAUCGGGAGACGAGGGCAUGGCCCUCACCCCGCGUAAAAUGAGCUACAUCUCUGCUUUCAGGCCCGUCGUCAAGGACGCCGAAAGCAUCGCUAAGCUCUACGGCAAUAGAGAGGCCUAUAGCGGGGUGCGCUCUGGCUACCUUUCGCCGGACUUCAUGAGCGAGAGCUCCAGUUACCGGUCUGCUUCUCCGGAGGUGGACAGUGGGGAUGAAGCAGAGGUAGAUGUGGAGUCCAACAGGUUUCCCGAGGAUGAAGAAUCAUCAUCGGAGCGGCUUGGUCAAGAGAGUCCAGCUCGUAGUCUAGGAAAGCAGGGCACGCAGGAUCCAGAGGAGCGCGACCCGGAGCCUGAGGAUUCCGAGAUCCAAGUGUGCUCAAAUGAAAGACAAGAGCAAGGACAGAGUUUGAAGAAUCCCACCGCUUUUGGAGUCGGGUCCAAUUAUCUGAGCAGUCCGUCUGAAGCCAACGACCAACAACCAGAAAGUGCAGAGGAGGACCCUGGGAAGACGUACCACGAUUCCGCAAACUUCACCCAAAAGAGCCCAGCCGAAGUGGACAGAGGAGAGGACGUGGCUGCGAACGACAUCGGCAGAGGACAGCAAUUAAUUGAGAAGGAUAUCGAAAAUAUGGCGAAAGAUGAGUUGCAAAAACAGCUUGUGGAACAGAUGGAGUUAAGAAAAAAGUUGGAACGCGAGUUCCAGAGCCUCAAAGAUAACUUUCAGGACCAAAUGAAAAGGGAACUGUCUUACAGAGAGGAAAUGGUCCAGCAGCUGCAGAUUGUCCGAGACACCCUGUGCAAUGAACUGGACCAGGAGCGGAAGGCGCGAUAUGCCAUUCAACAAAAGCUGAAAGCUCACGACGCUCUGCACCAUUUCUCCUGUAAGAUGCUGACUCCUCGGCACUGCACCGGGAACUGCUCCUUCAAGCCACCCCUACUGCCUCAGUGACCAACUCGAAGCGGCUGUACGAUACCAAGGACUGCGACUGGAUUCAGCACACCUGCCUCAGUGACUCGACCAGGAGCCGGACUCGGACUGUGUCAAGACCAGAGACCCGGAUCCGCGCUCAAUAAGCCAUUUGUGACCGUGUAUGUAGAUAUGAAGCGGAUCAGGGCCAAAGGCCUGGGGUCCAUUGUAUGCACUGUAUGUAGAUUGUUAAUAUAAAACUGUCGAGAGACUCCGGAGAGGGAUGCAGUAUGGUUAGAGCCAUAUGUGUCCCCACCGCCGCCUCUUCUAUAUUAUUGAUAUCAAAUGUGGCUACGUGCAAUGGAUAUACCUGUCCUGUGAUUUUGUUAGUAAACAGUAUUUGCUGGAUUAUUUAUUACUCUAUUUAUUUAAAUUAUGAUAUUUUAUUUAUUUGCUUUGCCCAUCUGAAGAGAUAAACUUUGUAAUAUAUUGAUGUAAAGCACUUUAAACAAAGAGAUUCUCUUGACGUGACAAUAAAAGCGUUCUGUUUGGAA